AUGGAUUUAUUCAGAAGAAGAAGAGCGGAUUGGGUGAAGAGAGUUAAGAGUGGAGAUACACAAGGGAAAUCCAAUAUCUCAAAUACAGUUGUAUUGAAGACUCAAGAUGGUAAUGCAAAUGCUAUGGUUGGAAAAGAAAUUCUUGGAGAUGGAAUUGGAAAGCCUCAUGGAAAAGGUAAAAAUGGUGAUAAAGAGUUUGGAGGAGAGAGACAAAAGAGUGCUAUUGAGUUGGCGAGAGAGAAGUUUGCUGCUCAUAAACUUGCAAGUUUUAAAGGAAAGAUUAUGCCACCCAAGGGGGUGAAGGCUACUGGAGCAAAUGCUAUUUGA